AUUGCCGGCGGCCUCGCCAACAUUGACAACGUGCCGGACCUCCAAGCGCGCGUGGAAGCGGCCGCCAAGAUGGCGAACGCCCACAACUUCAUCUCGCAGUUUCCCGACGGGUACGAGACGCAAGUGGGUCUCAAAGGCGAGCAGCUCUCGGGCGGCCAGAAGCAGCGCAUCGCGAUCGCGCGUGCGAUCAUGAAGAACCCGUCGAUUUUGCUCCUGGACGAAGCCACGUCGGCGCUCGACUCGGAGAGCGAAAAGGUCGUCCAAGAAGCGCUCGACAAGCUGCUGGCGGCCAAGGGCCGGACGACGAUCGUGAUUGCGCACCGCCUCUCGACGAUCCGGAACGCCGACAAGAUCUGCGUCGUGAGCGGCGGCCGCAUCGCAGAGCAAGGCACGCACGAUGAGCUCAUGCGUCUCAACGGCAUCUACACGCACCUCGCGUCGCACAACCAGAUUUAGGUUUACAGUGUCGUCGCUCUAUCCACUAAUAUAUUGUCGUGUCGUACAUAACA